CGCUGCUGCUAAUGCCACGUCAAAUGUGACGUAGCAGGAGGUGUCGUCCGGGUGGGAGGUGUCGUAAGUAGUCGUAUCGUAGAAACUACACGGCGGUACACUUUAAUGUUCUUAAUCCCAGAAGGAGCUCUUGUGAGAGUCUGUCAGAACCGAUCCAAAGCACAACCAUGGACCCCACCACCAGCGAUCUCGCCCAGAGGUUGGCUGAAGCCGGCCAAUCUCACCUCCUGCAGUUCUGGAGUGAGCUGAGCCCUGAGCAGCAGGCCGACUUGACCCGCGACCUGCAAGGGAUGAACUUUCUGGAGAUCAACGGUUUCUUCAAGAGUGCCAUGGAGACGUCCAGCAGCAGCAAACACGGGAAGAUGGACACCCGCAUGGAGCCGGUGCCCAGGGAGGUCCUGGGGAGUGUGACAAGAGACAGGGAGAGUCUCAAAGAGUGGGAGCUGGCAGGUCUUCACAGCAUUUCUCAGAACAAAGUAGCAGCUUUACUGCUGGCAGGAGGCCAGGGAACCAGACUAGGGGUCUCUUACCCCAAAGGCAUGUACGACGUGGGGCUGCCAUCCCACAAAACCCUCUUUCAGAUCCAAGCUGAACGUAUCUUGAAGCUGCAACAGAUGGCUGACCAGAAACACAAAACCAAGUGCUGCAUUCCCUGGUACAUCAUGACCAGCGGCAGGACAAUGGAAUCCACCAUGGACUUCUUCUCACAACAUAACUACUUUGGCUUGGACAAGAACAACGUCAUCUUCUUCCAGCAGGGCAUGCUUCCAGCCAUGGACUACAAUGGCAAGAUCAUCCUGGAGAGCAAAGGGAAGCUCUCCAUGGCCCCCGAUGGAAACGGGGGGCUCUACAGAGCUCUCGGGAACCAGGGCAUCAUAGACGACAUGGAGCGGAGGGGGAUUGAGCUCAUCCAUGUUUACUGCGUUGAUAACAUCCUGGUCAAAGUGGCGGACCCCGCCUUUGUUGGGUUCUGUGUGCAGAAGGGAGCUGACUGCGGAGCUAAGGUGGUGGAGAAAACGAAUCCGACAGAGGCUGUGGGUGUGGUCUGCAAGGUGGACGGUCUUUAUCAGGUGGUGGAGUACAGCGAGAUCACCUUGGCGACUGCCGAGAAGCGCAGCGCUGAUGGUCGGCUGAUGUUCAACGCAGGGAACGUAGCCAAUCACUUCUUCAGCUUCUCCUUCCUCAAAGACAUAGUGCAGAAAUAUGAGCCACAGCUGCAGCACCACGUGGCCCAGAAGAAGAUCCCAUAUGUGGAUGCUCAGGGUCAGCUAAUCAAACCAGACAAACCAAAUGGGAUUAAAAUGGAAAAGUUUGUGUUUGACAUCUUCCAGUUCGCCAAGACGUUCGUAGUGUACGAGGUGCUGCGUGAAGACGAGUUCUCCCCGCUGAAGAAUGCAGACAGACAGGACGGAAAGGACACGCCCACCACGGCCAGACAUGCCCUCAUGUCCCUCCACCACCGCUGGGUGCUCAACGCUGGGGGCCACUUCAUCGACGAGAACGGCAGACGUGUGCCGGCCAUACCCAGAGAUGGAGCACCAGACAGUGUCACAGAUGAUGGCAACAGAAACCUGAAGGACGGGACAGACCUGCCAAUCAAAUGUGAGAUCUCUCCGCUAGUGUCUUACGGGGGAGAGGGUCUUGAGGAGUUGGUGAAGGGACGAGAGUUUCAUCCAACCCUGAUGAUCGAUGAGGAAGGUGUCCACGAGCUGGUGAAGAAUGGAGUUUAAUCAGUGAAAGAGGGAGAGAGAAAAGGGACAACCCAAAGACCGACGCCCCUUUAUCUCUCUAAGUUUGCGGGGGGGAAACUGUGAUGUCAUCUCUGUGCAAUAACAAACGUGGCAUGCAUGUGUUCACGAAAGCAGCUCUACCAUCCAAAAUGAAUGAAUGAAUUAAGGAGCAAGAUGAAGUGUAUCCUUUACUGUUUUAGCACCGAGGUUUGUUUGCGUUGUAUGUUGAUGUCAUACAUGUUUGUUUCAAAGAGCACUUGAACACAGCUCGAGAUGAAGUACACAGUCCCUGUCAUAGUGACUGGAUGAAGGAGUCUGCAGGUGCAUCUAUUUAUUUUUCUUGUGAGUCUUAUUUUUAUAUAUACUAAAAGAAACUAUAGGUGGAAAUUCCCACCUACUCAUUUUACCUUGUGAUUUUUAUACGACAGUCGACUGAGAUGAAAUGAUUAGAGAGAUUUUUCUUACUAUUGUGUUAUCACGGUACAUGGUCUGGGCUGCGGGGGGUAUUUAUAAUAUCUGCUUCUUUUCUGCUUGUAAUCAUUGAAGAUGAGAUAUUAUUCAGUUUUCAGAGAUCAUUUGGUUUCUAUCACCUUUAUUAAAGAAAUGUUCCCACCUGGAAAA